AUGACAGACGCUGCAAGCUUAGCUUCUUGUUUCACUUUUGAUGACAUUUCACAGGCAUCUGCACGCAUCGAUGGAUCUGAUAAGACUCCCAUUCUGAAAUUAAUCAGUGAAAGUCACGCCAAGGGUUAUGACUUUGUCUGUCUUCCUUUGACUACCCCAAAAUGGAGAGAGCGAUGGAGAAAUAUGUGCAUCGUGCCAUCAGCAAAUGCAAAUGACACUGAUGAAAAUGCCACUGCAGAACAGCAGGCGGAGGCAUGGAGGAAAGCACCGUCUUUCCUGCACGAGGAGGUGACCAUCUCGAGACUUGAUGAGGCGGAGCCUGUAAUUGUGAUGGCGUCAGACUGGCUUCAGCUUGACUCAACGGAUGACUGGGUUAGGCAUGACUCAGAGAUCGCAUUGCGCCAGGAAGUGGCCUACGCGUCAUAUCUCAAUGUCCAGACGGUCAUUUUACCUCCACCUAGGCAUCGAUCACAAGUUGCAUCAUAUGCGCGCGCCAUAAACGAAUGUCUCAAAAAUACAACUUAUAUGAACUUCUCGAUACGUCUUCCUAUCUACGAUCCUGCCGUCUUUCAACCGAAAGAAUCGCCACCUAUUCCCCCUUCGACAUUGAGCACAUCGUCAACCCCAUCUGCACCCUCAACGCCGAAAAUUGUGAUACCGCGAGCUUCCACGUCAAAAUCCUUGAAGGCCGCACGGGCUCCCGAAGGAGAGAUAAAUGCAACCUGGGAGAUGUGGGACAUAAUACGCACACUGUGUGACUAUAACACACGCUUGACGCUCACACUCGAUCUCACCCUGCCAUUACCUUCUAAUGCCGGCAUACUCAACAGAUGGAUAGCUGAACCCGUUCACCAUAUAUUCCUCCCCGCGUCCACGUUUAUCGCAAAUGUGAAGGGCUACCCUGUCCUUCCCAAGGGUACACAAUCCUUUCUACGCAAUAGCAUGGCGCAUCACCCUAUCAUCAUCAUGUCAGGGGUUAGCUCGGGGUUACAUACCAAGGGUGGCGAAUCAGCAUAUGCACAAUAUGUGCGACAUGUCGAGAAGACAAGCUCGGCUGUUCAGGCAGCAAUGACGGCAGGGACAGUUGAGCACUUCGCUCAGGGUUAUCAAGACUACCUCCAGAACCCCCUACAACCGCUGAUGGACAACCUCCAGAGCAUUACGUAUCAAACAUUCGAACAGGACCCUGUGAAAUACCGCAAUUAUGAAGAGGCCGUGUAUCACGCGUUGAUGGACUGGCCUGAUAGUGAUCACAUUGUGAUUUGCGUUGCUGGGGCAGGCCGUGGCCCCCUUGUCGAACGAAGUUUGACGGCCAUCAAGAGAUCGGGAAGAAGUGCCUACGUGUACGCAGUUGAGAAGAACCCAAAUGCCUUUGUGACGCUUCAGGGCCGGAAACAAAAUGAAUGGGGUGACUCUGUUCAGCUGUUUUUUGGCGACAUGCGGCAUGUGGAGCUCCCUGAGCAAGUGGACAUCCUCAUCACUGAAUUACUCGGUUCGUUCGGCGAUAACGAGCUAAGUCCGGAGUGUCUCGACGGCGCAAUGAGGUUUUUGAAACCUGAUGGUAUCUCCAUCCCAUCAUCGUACAGCGCCCAUCUCGCUCCGCUAUCUUCAUCGAAGUUGUACAAUAACGCGCGAAUCAGUAGAGAAAUCAAAGGCAUGGAAACACCAUAUGUGGUGAUGUUCCAAAACGUCAACAUCCUAAGUGGGGAGGGCGGAGGAGUAUCAGGCCGCUGUGGGCGUAAGAUUCAACAAUGCUGGGAAUUUGAGCAUCCGCGAAAAGAUGCGACCGUUGAUGAACGAGGCUUACCCCUGACGAAUAGUCACAAUGUCCGCUCCGCAAAGCUGUCAUUCCAUAUUCCUCAUGCUGGAGUUAUGCACGGGCUUGCCGGUUAUUUCGAAGCCGUCCUCUAUGGGCAUGUUGGUCUUAGCAUUCAUCCGCAUAGUAAAGAUCGGGUGUCGAAGAACAUGCUGAGCUGGUUCCCGCUCUUCUUCCCAUUCAAAGAACCUCUUUACCUACCUAGCAAUUCAGAACUGCACGUAUCAAUCUGGCGACUUACGAAUGAGCGGCAGGUAUGGUACGAGUGGUACGCCGAGUCGUUUUUGCCCGUGUUCAGUACUCCAUCGUCACCUGAACACUCGGAGGAUACGUCAGGAGAUGGGUCCUUCUUCGCAUGUACUUCAACUCAUGUUGCAGUCCCGAGUCCUGUGAUCGACGCCAUCGAUGCAUUUCCAUCUUUAGAGCGUUCUGAAUUGCGCAAGAGUGGAGAAGAACCAUCGAGGUCUACUGCGGGCGUUAUCAAAAUUGGGCAGACUUCGCUGCACAAUCCUGGGGGACGAAGCAGUUGGAUUGGAUUAUGA